AUGGAUGAGGAAUAUGACGUUGUAGUUUGCGGCACUGGUCUCAAGGAGUGUAUCUUGAGUGGCCUCCUCUCGUCAGCUGGAAAGAAGGUGCUGCAUUUGGACCGGAACAACUACUACGGAGGAGAGUGUGCAUCUCUCAGCCUCACAAAUCUUUACAACAAAUUCAAACCAGGUACUUCCCCUCCUCCUGAAUAUGGGUCCAACAGAGAAUGGAACGUAGAUUUGAUUCCAAAGUUUGUAAUGGCAUGCGGAAAGCUCGUGAAAAUCCUGCUGAAGACGAAGGUUACGAGGUACUUAGAGUGGCAGGUGGUGGAGGGGACUUUCGUUUAUCAGUACCAGAAAGCCGGCUACUUUUCAGGCGAAAAGUACAUUCAUAAAGUCCCCGCUACAGAGUCAGAAGCUCUCAUGUCUCCUCUGAUGCCUUUGCUGGAAAAAAACCGCUGUCGCUCCUUCUUCGCCUAUUGCGCACAGUGGCAGGCAGACAAGCCCGAAACUUGGAAGGGGUUUGAUCCGAAGAGGCACUCGAUGGAGCAGGUCUACAAGUACUUUGGACUUGAGACGAACACGAUUGAUUUCGUCGGCCACGCGGUGGCACUUUACACUUGCGAUGACUACCUGAAGCAGCCGAUGCAGGAGACGAUGGAACGGAUUAAGCUCUACAUGUAUUCUGUGUCGCGCUACGGGCGUUCACCUUUUAUAUAUCCGGUUUACGGACUUGGUGGUCUGCCUGAGGGCUUCAGUCGCCUCUGCGCCGUGAACGGAGGGACCUACAUGUUGAAUGCGCCAGUGGACUCCUUCGUCCUUGACGAACAGGGUAAAGUCUGCGGAGUUAAAACGAAAGAUGGCCAGGUCGCUCGGUGCAAAAUGGUGGUUUGUGACCCAUCUUAUAUUGCUGAGCAGUUCCCGUCACGCCUUAAGUGUACGGGCAGAGUCAUUAGGUGCAUUUGCAUAUUAGGAGCGCCCGUCCCUUCUACCAAUGGCAGCACCAGCUGCCAGAUAAUCAUCCCUCAAAGGCAGCUAAACCGUCACAACGACAUCUACAUAAUGGUCGUCUCUAGCCCUCACGGAAUUUGCUUGAAGGGAAAGACCAUUGCGAUUGUCAGCACGACAGUUGAAACGGAUGACCCGGAGAAAGAGCUCGCUCCUGCGCUUAAGCUCUUGGGGAAUAUCGAAGAAAAGUUUGUGGCUGUAAGCGACCUGCUGGAGCGUACAGACAACGGCAGAGAUAGCAACAUCUUUGUUUCCAACUCGUUCGAUGCCACAUCCCACUUCGAGUCGGCAACGCAAGAUGUUCUUAGGAUGUGGGAAGACAUGACGGGGGAGCCCUUAGAUCUGUCUGUUAAGGCGGAGCCAGAAGACCUCCAGGAGCAGUGA